GUCACCUGAAUUUUACCUCCUGUGAUUAACCAACUAAUUUAACUAUUUUAAUUAUCCUACAAUCUUAAUUUUGUGAUUAUUGUGUUUAACUACCGACAAGGCAUCCAACGAUACCUAAAUUUCCAUCUUUACAUCAAUAAAACAUCAUAAUUACACCUUAACCACUUUUUGCUCACAAACACGUGCUUCAUACAAGCAUCCAACAUGUCAACUGAUAACACCAAUGACAAACAAACCAUCAAACUUUUGGAUGAAUGGAAUAUAAAUCAAAACGCCACUAUCGACCUGGCAUACGAAGCAAUUAAUGAUCCGACCAAAUAUAUUGCCUUCAAAGACAAAUACACCAUAGGUGAUAUCAACAAAACCGUCCUCGCCAUGGCAAGCAUGGUCAAGAAAGAUAAGGAGGAAACUGAUCUGACCUUAAAAAAGCCAACUGAAUUGAUUGAAAAAGCCACGAAAGUAUCAAUACAUUUUGCCGAAAUUGCUAAACUCAGCAAGAGUACCAAUAAAAGAACUAACAAUGGUGGAGAAAACAACAACAAAACAGGCAGCAAAAGAAACACCAGAUCAAAGAAGAAUACAGGGAGUGAAAAUGACACCGACAAUCCUGAAACAGCCUCAACCAACAACCUUGCUACAAUUAAUGAUGAUGAUAUGAUCGAGAUUGACACUGAAACACUCAACGCCAUAGUUGAUGAAGACAAUGUUGCUCCAUCAAAAAGACGAAAAGUGAUCAGCAAAACCUACAUGGAAGAUGAAGACGAAGAAGGUCUACAACCAGGCUGGUAUGCUAUACAGCACAACAACUCCAAGCCAAUAAUUAAUCUAAAACACAAAACCAAAGAAAACAUAACAGCUGAGGAAUUCAAAAAUGAAGUUGAAAACACUCUAGUAGAUGAAGAUCUUGAAUAUGGUGACAUAGAAAAAAUCACCAAAGGAAACAAGGUAAUAACAAUUCACUUUGAAGACAUAAAAAGCAGAGACAAAUUUGUUAAAUAUGUCAAGAGCAAACAGAGUAAUUGGGUCCAUGAAAUACCUACACUUAGGAAUCCUUGUGUUCGUAUUAAUGGGGUUAUCAACAGAAACAUAGACAAUAAUGGUGAAAUAGACUGGGAUCUAUGGUCACAAAAAAUCCUAAACAAGAACAAAUGGAUACCAAAAAAUAAGGGCUCUAUCUUUAUGGUAAACAAAAAAUCAGUCGUAGCCAAAGGUGAAAAGUUUAAUGUAGUAAUUGAAGUCUCUCCUAAUGUACGCCAAGCAAUUGUUAAGAAAAGAGGUAAAAUCUUCUCAGGUAUCUGCAAAUAUGAUGUGUACGACAAUUUCAAUGUACUGGCGUGUUACCAAUGUGCUUCUUACGGUCACACUACCAACACAUGUGGACAACAACCAGUAUGUAACUUUUGCAGUCGUCAACACAUUCAUGCCUGUCCAAUAUAUGGACAAACAAAUAAAUACAAAUGCCCAGGUUGUAAGAAAAAUGGUCACUCUUUCAACGACCCAAAUUGCACUGAAUUCAUCUGGCGUCUACAAUACGAGCUUCAAUUCAUUAACAUGAAUUACAGCAUGAUAAUGACACCUAAAACCAAAACAAAUCAAAACAACUAACACAUAACAUGACACACACAUUACUCUGACAAACAUGUAACAAACAUUUACCUGCAAAAUUUGUACUCUGCUCCUCACAUGUACAAUCAGACACAAACAAUCUGACUUACUAAUAAAAUAAAAAUAAAACACACAAA